AUGACCAGCCGUGAAACAAAAGAACGCCCACAGUCGCCUCCACCUCCUUGGAGUGUACUCGAGUUCACCUUUAGCAAUAGAAACACAGACUCGGAACUAGUCAUCACCUGCUGUGGCAAGCGAUUUUCCCUCCACCUCUUCGCCGAUAACUUUACCGAGUCGCCGCGGCUGAAAGAACGCUAUCUCUUCUUCCUGGAAGUUGCUGAGCACUACGAGCUGGACGGGCUGACCGUCGAAGACUUCUAUGACUGGGCUGCCGAGCCGCUGUUUCCCCUCUUUAGGAACCUACCGCAUCGCGACAAAGAUCAGACAUACACCCUUCACGAUUUUUUGUUUCCCGAAUCCUUUGUCUACACAUUGCGAGCUGUCUCCGAGAGGCUAGUCCCCAUACCCUACGAGGAGAGUAAGGGUGGUAACGCGCCGAGAUUCGGUGUGCAUCUUGCAGAUGAGCUAUGCUCUCCUUUCAAAACCCUCCUCCCCUCUGAUGUCCAGAUCUGCGAAGAGCCUGUUAUCGGGCCACCCUCCGGGGUGCCAGGCAAAGUGCGUCUUAAGGACGGGAUCCUCGCCUUCUUCAAGUUCAUUCGCUGCGGAGACAAACACUUCCUCGAGAACGAACUCAAUAACUAUAAGGCGAUUAGCGAGGCAAACCCAGACGAUAGCUUGCGAAUUUCUCGACUCUAUGGCCUCGUGCGGGACGAGGCUGGCGUGGUCUUUGGCCUUUUGCUCGCCUACAUUGACUGCGGACGUGUGACAUUGUCUUGUGCUGUGAAGCCAGACAUCGCAAUGCCCUUGCGAGAGAAGUGGAUUGUGCAACUCCAAUACAUCAUCAACCAGCUGCAUGCGGCUCGUAUUGUCUGGGGAGAUGCUAAGCCGGACAAUGUCCUGAUUGAUAGGAAUGAGGACGCGUGGAUCAUCGACUUCGGCGGUGGCUAUACAGAGGGCUGGGUGCCUAAGGAACUGGCCGGGACAGUAGAAGGGGAUUUGCAUGCGCUUAAGAAGAUCGUUGAGUUUGUUAGCGCCUAG